AUGGUCACCAUUGUUUUAGGCGCGCAGUUUGGUGAUGAAGGCAAAGGAAAAAUCACAGAUCUUCUCUCUCAAUCUGCUGCACUUUGUUGUCGAGCAGCUGGUGGACACAAUGCGGGCCACACAAUCGUUCAUGAUAAUAUAACCUAUGACUUCCACAUCCUUCCCUCCGGCCUCAUCGCCCCCGACUGCGUCAACCUCAUUGGUACCGGAACCGUCGUGCACCUUCCCAGUUUCUUCAAGGAGCUAGAUGCGCUCAAAGCCAAGGGCCUCAAGGACGCCCAUAAGCGAAUAUUCAUCAGCGAUCGGGCGCAGGUCUGCUUUGACCUGCAUUCUGUUGUCGAUGGGCUGGAAGAGGCGAGUUUGGCAGGGAAGAAGGUCGGGACUACGGGGAAAGGGAUUGGGCCUUGCUAUAGCGAUAAGGCGUCCAGACGAGGAGUGAGGAUCGGAGAGGUCCUGGAGGAGGGCGUGGUGGAGGACAAUCUACGGAAACUGGAAGCGGGAUACCGAGCGCGGUUUGGAGAGCUGAAUUACGACCUUGAAGAGGAGAUCGGGAGGUUCAAUGAAUACCGCACAAAACUCCAACCCUACGUCGUCGAUCAAAUGACCUUUUUGGAAAAAUACCGCUCCUCCCCUUCCAUCCUAGUCGAGGGCGCAAACGCCCUCAUGCUCGACAUCGAUCAUGGCACCUACCCCUAUGUAACCUCCUCCUGCACCGGCGUCGGGGGCGCCAUCCAGGGCCUAACCCUCAACCCAACCUCCAUAAGAUCCAUCAUCGGCGUCGUAAAAGCCUACAGCACCCGCGUAGGAUCCGGCCCCUUCCCUACGGAACAGAACAACGCCAUCGGCGAAAAGAUGCAGACGAUCGGGCGUGAAUUCGGCGUCACAACCGGCCGACGACGUCGCUGCGGCUGGCUCGACAUGGUCAUGUGUCGCUACAGUAAUUCAAUCAACCACUACACCUCCAUCAACUUAACCAAGCUGGAUAUCUUGGAUGACUUCGAUGAGAUCAAGGUUGCAGUCGCGUAUAAGCUGGAUGGGAAGCGGUUGGAGUCGUUCCCUGCGCUGCCCGGUGUUCUGGAUAAGGUUGAGGUGGAGUAUGUGACCUUCCCCGGGUGGAAGUCGACUACGAUGGGCAUUAUAAGGUGGGAGGAUCUGCCGGCGAAUGCGCAGCGUUAUAUCCAGUUCAUCGAGCGGGAGAUGGGCGGUGUGCCGAUUAAGUGGAUUGGAACUGGUCCGGCGAGGACGCAUAUGAUCGAACGUGAGGUAUAA